AAAAUAGAUGACUGCAAGAAAUUAGCGUAUUUUAGUAAAUAUUUUAAGUAAGUUAGUGUUCACAAUAUGUGUAAAACUAAAUGGUGCUUACACAAUAUUAAAAGCAGCAGAGCUGAGCGUGUUAGGAGCCCCUAUUGAUUGUGACGCCCACACUGCUGUUUGUAAAAUACAGCACUAAGCGCAGAAAGAUAUAGGAAGAGGGAAAGGGGCGUUCUUGUGCGGCGUGCGUUGAACGGCGUUGAGCUGCGCGAGGAAGCAAUCAAGUGGCAAGAACAACAACAAAGGGGCCGUUCGUCACGACUCGCGCCACAAACCACAAGCAAAAUGCAAAAAGUUAAUUAGUGUGAACAAAAUCAAAUCAGCAACCCUCCCUCAACACCCCCAUCCUGCUGUCCCUAUUUGCUCAGGCUCUGAGGUAGUCAGAGGACAUCUGAGUGUGUGGCAGAUAGCAUGGAGUUUGCCGAUCUGAUAAAGACACCCAAGCUAGAUGGCGUUCUGCUUUAUCUGCCUGACCACGACAACCAGCAGGCGACUGUCGAGGGCACCCUGUGCAUAACGGGACAUCAUUUACUGUUGAGUGCCCGGCAAGAGAAUACACAGGAACUAUGGCUACUGCACAAGAACAUCGACUGUGUGGAAAAGAAGCCGAGACUGAUGCAAAACAUUGUGACCGGUGGCAUAAUAACACUUAAAUGUAAAGAUUUGCGAAUUAUAUCGCUGGAGAUUAGAUAUGCCAAAGAGUUUUUUAACGUAUCCUCGUCGCUGGAGGCGCUCAGUGCGAUACAAAAUGUGGAAUUGGAAUAUCCGUUCUUUUAUAGGCCCAUGUAUGCCAUACUAGAGGAUGGCUAUACGAUGUUCAGACCCGAAUUGGAGUUCGGGAAGCUAAUCAGUGGCGUGGGGGCGCCUUCGUCUCCUAAUGUGGCAGCCAUUAAUGUCUGCACGCCUUCCACAUCGACAACGGCCGCUGCUGGCUCCGGUUCUGGCGGUAUGAUAGGCAUACCGCAUCCUCUACAGAAUGGCUUCACAAUGGAUGCUGCGGCUGCCGUAACGGGCGGCAACAUACCCGUUUGUGAGUGGCGCAUCACGAACUGCAACAAAGACUUCAGCGUUUGUGCCACAUAUGGAGCCAUGCUCAUUGUACCUAAAGCAAUUACGGACGAACAGAUUGCGUUGUCCGCCUCGUUUCGCGAUGGUGGCCGCUUUCCCGUGCUCAGUUAUCGGCAUGAAAAUGGCGCCACGCUGAUGCGCAGUGCACAGCCGCUGUCCAUACAGGGCAUCAAACGCUGUCGAGCAGACGAGGCCAUUCUCAAUUUGGUAUUGGGGCGGAGCAAGAAGGGCUUUAUUGUAGACACAUGGGGCAAGGGCAAAUCGAAUACGGAAACGGAUCAACACUAUUCGCAAUGGAAGAAGGUUAAUCGCGCCAUUGGGAAUGUCAGUUCACCCGCUUCCAUAUUGGAUAGCUUUGGCAAACUGAUUGACGCAUGCAACGAUAUUAGCUGCACUACAGAUAAGUGGCUAUCACGGUUGGAGAACAGCGGCUGGCUAAAUCUGGUGCUCAAUUCCUUGAAUGCCUCGUGUGUGGUGGCUCAGUGCUUAGAUCAGGAGGGCAGUCCGGUGCUGGUUCAUGGCGCUAAGGGUCUCGACUCUACGCUUAUUGUCACAUCCCUAGUGCAGAUCAUUCUCAAUCCCGAUUGUCGCACAGUGCGUGGCUUGCAGGCGCUGAUUGAACGCGAGUGGAUACAAGCGGGUCAUCCAUUUGCUUCGCGUCAUCGCUACUCUUGCUAUACACCCCACCAGACACGCAAUAAGAACUCGGGGGCCACCUUUGUGCUGUUUCUCGACUGCAUCUAUCAGCUGUACACACAGUUUCCCUGCAGCUUUGAGUUCAGCACUCAGUUGCUCAUUUUGCUGUUCGAGCACAGCUAUUUCUCACAAUACGGCACCUUUCUGUGUGAUUCGGAACGCGAGCGUCAUGAGUUGCGUGUGCAUACGCGCACCACGAGCCUAUGGUCGUACCUUAAUCGGCCGGAUGUGCUGCAAACUCUGCUAAAUCCUUUAUAUGAGCCAAAUGCAAAUGUAAUAUGGCCUUCAGUGGCGCCUAUUAGCUUGGAAUUGUGGAGUGAACUCUACUUGCGUUGGGUGAUAGACCAGCGGAAUAUAGCAACAACCAUGGCCCAAAUUCAGGAAUUAGUUACGCGUGAAAAAGAGCUCAGAACUCAGGCCAUCAAGCUGCGCAAACAGGCUUUGGAACUGAGCCAGGAAGUGCUGGCACUCAAGAACGAUAAGGACGUAUAGUCGGCUACCUCGGCACAAGCUCUCUAACUAUAAUUUUAUACAUAUAUACACCUAUUUUUGAUACUUUCUGUAUCCAUUUGAAAUUAUUUUCUUUUUCGUAUAUGUUCGAUUGCAAAGAUACUGAGAAAGUGAGUAAAAUCUUGCAACCUUGAGCAUAUACAGAAAAUGUAAUAUUUUAACAAUAAGAAAAAACAUAAUGUUCCAUUUACAAGAAAUUUGCUGAAAAAAAAAACCUAUUGGAUUAAUGUAUGAUCUGUAUUUUGAGAUCGUAACAAUCACUCAAUAUUCUAGACAAAAGUCCAUUUUCUACAGUUUAAAUUUACAUGUCUACUGAAAACGGUGUUGUAACUUAAAGCUCUAUCUCUCUAUCUCGUUGAAAAGCGCUCUCUAUUUAUAUAUAAAAAUCGCACACGACUUCUGUCAAAAUGUAUAACAAUUUGAGUCAAUUUUUGACGCAUUUACUUCUAUUGAAAUCGUAGUUCUUAAGUGUCUUCGAAUUCACUAAAUACUAUAUUACACUUACGUAUAA